UCCCCCAAGCUAACAGGCUAAGCUAGCUCGGCUAGCUCGUCCCUCACAGGAACUCCUUGAGACGCACCGGCUUCAUCAGCAUCCCGGUGCCGUUCGGACUGAACCGACUCCCCGUGAACCUCUCGGCACCGACAGACCUCCUCACCCCGACGGGACGCAGAGUCGCGGCUCCACCGACCCGACGAGCGAAGAUGAUUAAGCUCUUUUCCCUCAAGCAGCAGAAGAAGGACGAAGAGUCUGCGGGAGGGAACAGGACCGGGUCCGGGGGCAAGAAGGCCAGCGCGGCCCAGCUGCGGAUACAGAAAGACAUCAAUGAGUUGAAUCUGCCCAAAACGUGUGAGAUCAACUUCCCCGAUGACGACGACCUCCUGAACUUCAGACUCAUCAUUUCCCCAGACGAGGGCUUUUACAAAGGAGGGAAAUUUGUCUUCAGCUUUAAGGUAGGACAGGGUUACCCCCACGACCCCCCCAAGGUAAAGUGUGAGACGAUGGUGUAUCACCCCAACAUCGACCUGGAGGGGAACGUAUGCCUAAACAUCUUAAGAGAGGACUGGAAGCCUGUGUUGACAAUAAACUCCAUCAUCUACGGCCUACAGUAUCUAUUUCUAGAGCCGAACCCCGAGGACCCAUUGAACAAGGACGCAGCAGAAGUCCUGCAGACGAACCGGCGGCUCUUUGAGCAGAACGUCCAUCGUUCUCUGAGGGGCGGCUACGUUGGCGCCACCUACUUCGAGAGGUGUCUGAAAUAACUCGGCGGCCCGAUUCUACCCCUCCCCCCACACUCCUCACCCCCCCCCAGCAAAAACAGGAGCUGCAGCGACAGAAAGCAGCACGCCAGAAGACGCUUUUCUGUUUUAAAACAAAAGAAGAAACCACCCUUCCUCACCUCCCCCCUCCUGUCCUCCCAUAUUUCUUUCUGUUUUACUUACAAGGCAACAUGAAACCGUUUACACGCCACCGGGGGACGCCGACACACGACACACAGCAGAACUGGACUCAAAGAAUCGGCUGACGGCGGCCGGGGGGGGGGGGGGGGGGGGGGGGGUCAGUGAAUGUUGCUUGGGUAAGUCGAUGAUUUGCCACGACGAUGAUGACACGAUUUUCUUUUCUUUUUAUUUUGUGUGUUGCGAAGUCAGAGGGUCACGCCCCCUCCUUCACGCUGCCAGUUAAUCGUUCGUUACAGCAAACUCCAAACUCACCAGGAACGCCACAGGGGGUGGGGCCUCUAAUGGAAGUGGGAGGGGCCUAGAAUUACAGUAAGAGGGUCUUUCAGUCCCAUCAAGAGCAGAAGAGCCUUAAAAAGUCCCUCAAAACACAAGUUCCCUUCUGGAAAGAAGUUAACUGUUUUCAAGCGGCGGUAACUCAGCUGUAGAUAUGUCAUAAGUGGGAGGGGCUAAUUGCCUUCAAAAGUUCCUUAAAGUAAGACUGAAACAUAUUUUUAAACUUGCGAUGAAUCGACAGCUGAAAGUAUAGUAACGUCAGCGCUGGGAGGAGCUUCAGAGUUGGGUGGGCGGGGCCUAUUUGAGGGGCGAGGACCAUCAGUGGAAGCAGGUGUGGCUUAAAUAGUUCCUAAAGACCUCGAUAGUUUCCAGCCUGCGAUGACUCAACAGCUUUGGAUUUGUGUCCCUCAAGGGGGAGGGGCUUGUUAGUCUGCAGUUGGUCACAUGACGCUGACAGGUGGAGGUGAAUUAGAACUCUGUUUGGAAUUUGCUGCUAAAUCUUAAAAAUACACUGAGCGUCAGGGGGCGGAGCGUCGUGUCAAGUGGGCGGGGCUGUGGGAUAUUGUGUUUAAAGGGGUGGAUGGGUGGGGUUUGAGGGGAGCUUUUGGUUUUCAUUGGGGGUAAGUUGUGGGUGGGGUCAGAGGGGAGGGGCUUAAAAUGUUACAAUUCUAUUGUGUAUAUUGAAACCCCCAGCUGUUCACAUUGACUGCAAUAUGAUUUAUGUUAAAUAAAAUAUAAACUUGAA